CUUGCUUGGCUGUCAUAUUUGACGUUUCAUCAAAUUUUGCUAAAGUGCACACAAAUUUUUAACAAAAACAAAGGACCUAAAAAUAUAAAUUUAUUUUAAAUACAUUAAAAUACAAUAAACAAGUUAAAAAAUGGUCCUAACUGCAAGUAAUUUGCGUUCUCAACUUGUUGCACUUACCAGUUUCUCAGGAACUCACAAAGAGCAAGCAGAUAGGUACCGGCAAUUGCUGGAAGCACUUCUCACCAACACCGGCAAUGAACUCAUCGAUACCCUUAAGCUUUUUGUUGAAGCCAUUGUAAACGAACACGUGAGCCUUGUUAUCUCGAGACAAAUCCUGACGGACGUCGGAGUACAGCUCUCAAAACUUCCCGAUGAUAUCUCCAAAGUUGUGUCCCAUUUCACUCUUGAUAAAGUCCAACCAAGGGUCAUAUCUUUCGAGGAACAAGUUGCCGGAAUUCGUCAACAUUUGGCUGACAUCUAUGAGAGGAAUCAGAAUUGGCGUGAAGCUGCCAAUGUUCUUGUUGGCAUUCCAUUGGAAACUGGACAGAAACAAUACACCGUCGACUAUAAGCUAGAAACGUAUUUGAAAAUUGCUCGGCUCUACUUAGAGGACGAUGAUCCCAUUCAAGCUGAAGCGUUCAUCAAUCGAGCAUCUCUCCUUCAGGCAGAAACACAAAGCGAAGAACUUCAAGUAUUGUAUAAAGUCUGCUAUGCACGAGUUUUAGAUUACAGGAGGAAAUUUAUCGAGGCUGCUCAGCGCUACAACGAACUAUCCUACCGUUCCAUUGUCGAAGAAGGAGAGCGUAUGACUGCCCUUAAAAAGGCCCUCAUCUGCACAGUUCUAGCAUCAGCUGGACAACAGAGAUCUCGGAUGCUGGCCACUCUUUUCAAAGACGAACGUUGCCAGCACCUGCCAGCUUAUUCGAUCUUGGAAAAAAUGUACUUGGAUCGAAUCAUUCGCCGAUCGGAGCUGCAGGAGUUCGAAGCAUUGCUGCAACUGCACCAGAAAGCAAGCACCUUAGAUGGUUCGUCUAUCCUAGAUCGCGCUGUUUUCGAACACAAUCUUUUGUCGGCCAGCAAGUUAUACAAUAACAUAACUUUCGAAGAGCUCGGUGCUCUGCUGGAAAUUCCUGCAGCCAAAGCUGAGGGUAUUGCCAGCCAGAUGAUCACAGAGGGUCGUAUGAAUGGACAUAUUGAUCAAAUUGCCGGAAUAGUUCAUUUUGAAAAUCGGGAAGUUCUGCCGUUGUGGGACCGACAAAUUCAAUCACUUUGCUAUCAGGUCAAUUCGAUAAUUGAAAAAAUUGCAGCUGCUGAACCUGAAUGGAUGGCUAAAACCUUGGAUGGAGUUGAUUGAUUGAUCAAAAGAUUUGUUAUUUUUGAAAAUGAAUAAACUAUUAAUAUAACAGAAAAAAAACUUUACUAAAACUAUUAAACGUGAUUUAUUGUGUCGAUUAUUCACCAAGGCAACAUAAAUAAAACGAAAAUAAACGAUGGCGUCA